AUGUCCAACUUCCCACAGCACGUCCAGCAGGCACAAUCGCUGUUACAGUCAACCCUGGACGAUGGACGUAUUAAGCUCAAAUUCAUUAGCACUAUUGGUACUGGCGCAUACGGUACAGUACUAUUAGCUGAAAGACUAGACGACUACUAUAGACCGCUCGGUGAACUGUACGCCGUUAAGUGUUUGCCUAAGUAUGGCUUGGAUGAUCGUCAGAAAGCUUUUCAAAGAAGGGAAAUUGCUUUGCAUGGUUUAGCUUCAUCACAUCAAAAUAUCGCAACCGUUCAUGCGAUUAUUGAUAGUCCAGCCACAAUCUUCGUUGUUUUGGAAUAUGCUCAAGCAGGCGACCUUUUUUCAAUGAUAACAGAACAAUUCAAAUAUAUCGACAACGACGAGCUAAUCAAGUCGGUAUUUCUACAAAUAGUUGACGCCGUUCAACAUUGCCAUCGCCUCGGCAUUUACCAUCGUGACCUCAAACCCGAAAACAUUCUGUGUACUGCGGGUGGCAACAACAUUUUGCUAGCUGACUUUGGUUUGGCUACUUCAGAGAGACGUUCAGGUGAUUUUGGCUGCGGUUCCAGCUUCUAUAUGAGUCCAGAUUGUCAUGGGGCUCUGACUCACAGAAAAGUUCCUUACUGCACAAAGCGCAACGAUAUAUGGUCUCUUGGUGUUAUUUUGGUCAAUUUAACCUGCGGUAGAAACCCCUGGAAAGAAGCAAGUCUGACAGAUGAGACAUUCUCUGCGUACCUUCGAGAACCAGACUUUCUAAAAACGAUCCUACCAAUAUCAGAUCUCACAAAUUACAUCUUGAAAAGGAUAUUCACUAUUGAUCCAAUUCAAAGAUGCAGUCUUGAUGAGUUGAAACAAAGGGUAAUGCAAGUUGAAAAGUUUACCUUGACACCUUCUCAAUUGAAGCAUGCACACAAAGCCGCAAGACAAGCUGCCGCUGCUACAUCAUCUGCCGCUGCAUCUGCUGUUGCUAAUAGAAUCCAACAACAGCAAGUUGAUCUUCAACAACAACAAAUGGUGGUACCACCCCCACCUCCACCAAACGCUAAAGAAUUAGGUUCGCCAAAGAGGCCAAGAGUAAGGCAGAGGGCAAACAAGAACGACAAGCUGCCACUGACGCCGCCAACAACACCACCAAAGGAAGUCAAUUUUCAACACCUCAGACGGGUGGAGAGGAAGCCAAACCUUAAGAAAGUGGCUGUGCCCGUUGAAUCAUCAGACUCGUCUUGCAACUCUAACGAAACCGAUGGCUCAUUUACAUCUAAGCAACCUGAAAGUCUAUUAACACCCUUAUCGACACCACCUGCGUCACCAAACGAUGCCAGCCCAAAAUUCAACUCAACAACUAAAUCGUCUGCGUUCUCUAAACUGACACAAAUUUUCAAACCAUCUAGAUUCCAUACAGGUACGCCAGAACAACAAGCAAUGAAUAUAGACGUGGAAUCAGAUUUUGGUGAUCAAAUUGACCAACAAAUCGAGAGGGUGUCUUACCCGUCAGCUCUUGCGAUUGAUAUCAAUGGUAUGACCAAGUGA